AUGAGUAUAGAUAACUGCUAUGAUAAUGUCAUAAAGAGACUUACAGAUGAAAACAAAAUAAAACCUUUAUCACAAAAACUAUUAUCGCUAACUAAAAAUGAUGAAAGGGUUUUAUAUGUUUAUAAUACACUGGAGAGCCUGAAAGCUUUUCCAAACUUAUUACAAGUGUCCAAGUCGGACGAAAUAUCUACAAAGUACCGUAACCAGGGCAACAAAUACUACCAACAAAGAGAAAAUUAUACGGCCUUGCAGUAUUAUAAUUUGUCUCUAGGAUAUGCACCGAUAGAGUCUGAAGCUUACAGUUUAUCUUUAGCUAAUAGAUCUGCAGUAUUAUGUUCUUUAAAAGCUUAUAAUGAGUGUAUCAAAGAUAUUGAAAAUGUAUUCUCACAAAAAUUUCCUGAAAAACUUAGAAAAAAGCUAAAUGAUAGGAAGGAAAAGUGUCAAGAUAGUUUGCUUACCAAAAAACCUCCAGUCACAAAUAAUACAGACCUUUUGGAAUCCUUUGAAAUAAAAAAUGAUUCUCGAUACCCUUGUGCUAAUUCAAAGUUGGAGGUGGUAUUCAAUAAAGAAAUGGGUCGGCAUGUUGUGGCCAAAGAAGAUAUAAGGGUGGGUGAGACACUAGCCCAAGAGGAGCCCUAUUUUGUUCUGUUAUUAAAAUCUCAGUAUUUGGUAUGUUGUAGUUACUGUUUAUCUAGAGAUCUGAAUUUAACACCAUGCAGUAGUUGCUGUUUUGCUUUAUAUUGUUCUGAGAAGUGUAAGAAAAGAGCAUGGAAUGAUUAUCAUUCAGUUGAGUGUUCACUUAUGCCAACCAUAAUACACAUGGAGUUUACUAAACUUGAAUGGCUGGGCCUCCGUACUGUUAUAAGGGCUCGAAAUGACCAUAACAAUUGGAAAGACCUGUUCCAAACAAUAAAAGAAGCUGAAGAGAAUGCUGAAACUGAAUUUCGAGGCCAUGUCAAAAUUGAUGGUAAAUGGGUGUAUGAUUCUAAGUAUUAUACUUCAAUACAUAUGUUAGCGUCUAAUAUAGAAAAGAGGACCAUUUCGGACAUAUUCCAAAAAUCAGUUACUGCUGCAGUAUUUUUGAAAUUGCUUGAGGAGACAGAAUUUUUGAAAGGUAAUGUUGAUGAGGAGAAAAAUGAUAUAAAGAAAUGUGUGGCAGGUAUAUUACUUCACCAUAUAAUGACGAGCCCGACUAACAUGCAUGGAAUAUCAGGACUUAUGCAGAAUUCUAUGGGGCACUAUGAGGAUGACACCAGCAUUGCAAGCGCUUCAUAUGCUUUCCACAGUUUGAUCAACCACUCCUGUGCACCUAAUGUUGUAAGAUUUAACAAGUUGGGUACAGGAAAAAUGACACUAAUAGCUCUUAGACCUAUAAAGAAAGGAAUGCAGAUCUUUGACAACUAUGGAGCACACCACGCAUUAGAUGAUUACAUGUCCCGGCAAAGCACAUUGAAAUUUCAAUAUAAAUUCACUUGCGCAUGCGAAGCUUGUGUCAAUAAAUGGCCGAUGUAUUUCAGUUUACCACCAGCUAAGUGCUUACGACCGCAGAUAAAAAGCACCAAGUGUUCCCUGUUGCAUCAAAAUAACAUUGAAAAACUCCAAAAGGGCGAUAUCAAAAUGGCCAUCAAAUUGUACAAACCUCUAUGUGAACUUGCUCAAAUGUUGGAACCCUAUUGUCCAUGUGUUGAAUUAGCUGAUUGCCAAGAAACUUUGAAGCAGUGCUUGCAGAUAUUUGGUGGUUUAAUACCUAAUUAUAUUGAAAUUCCAUGGAGUGUUAAGCCUUCAAACUAAAAAGGGCAAAACAACACAUGUACUUCGUUAACACACAGUAUGCGACAGAAUGCGAGUUUAUUAAUUAAUUGAAAAGUAAAAAAUUAUAUUUAAUUUACCAAAGAAAACAUUGUCUAAAAUAUGUUUGCCACUAAAAUUUAAAGUUUUGUUUUUUUAUAAGAUGCAUAGAAAGUUGGGCAUUUCAUUUAGGUUAAACAGAUUUGAUUACAAAUGAAUCGUCAUAAAGGCUUAAAGAGGGGAUGUGAAUGUCCAAACCCGUUAUUUUUAUUUGCCUACAACUAAAUUCUAUUGAUUAGCGAUAAAUGUUAAUUCAUAUAUCUCAGAGCGCUAAUCAAGAUCUAUGGCGGAUGAAUCGAUGAGAUAUAGCGACGACUUGCUAUCACAACAACAUCGAUGGACAGAAUGAAGAAAGUAUGGAUGAAUAGGAACAUCACCAAAACCUCGAAGACCAGACUCGUUCACUUAUUUUCCUCAUAGUUCUUUAUGCUGCUGAAACGUGGACCCUGUGAUAAGUGGAAAGGCAAAGAAAACACAUUUUCGGGAUCUGGUACUGGAGGAGAAUGCUUGGAAUUUCAUGACAAAUGUCUCCAUAUUCCAUGAGCUUGGCAUAAAGCAGCGUAGUCACAUCUCGAAACGCGAUAAUUUGUCCAUAGAACGCCUUGUCGUCCAGGGAAAAGUAGAAGGCACUACUAAGACCGCGCGGGAGGUCGCCUACGAGUUGGAAUGAUCAAAUAACGUCUAUUUUGGGCCAGUCCAUUAACCAGUGCAGUAGGAUGACUUCGAGCAGAGAAAAGUGGCGAAAGCCUCUAUUGAAGUCUUUGGAACCAAAAUGUAGUAAGUUUCUUUGUCAUAACAGGACAUCCUCCAUCACAGAUAUUGUUAAAACUUAUAAAUUUUAUUUAGUUAUAAGAUUAACUUUUCUCGAAUUUUUUUUUUUUAUGCAUAAGUGAUUAAUUUUUGUAUUUUAAAUUGAUAAAAUUUGUUUUUUUUUUUGUUUUUGUAUUUUUUUAAAAUUUUAUCUGCAAAUUUAGUUAAACGUAAAAUAUGUUACAUUAUAUCAUAUUUUUUUUAUAUUUUCUCAGAUAUUUUUAAUUCCUAUCAAAAGUUUACCAACGUUUUGACAUGUUUACGAAAAUUUUAAUGUCAUUAUGGUAUCAGUAUCUUUUGCUACAUUUCUAAAUUACAGAAUAUUUUUAUGAAUAAAUUUAUGAACCUUUAU